UACUGUUAUUAUUUUUUCAUUAAUAGUUAUCUAUUAUUCUCACCGUUAACAUUGAUUUCUGGUUUUGCAUUUCAAAUGGAGGAAACCGGUGAAGCACAGGUUCAAAGUUCGAUACCAGAGAAGCAGAAUGACAGACCAAAGAGAAAGGCAAACAUGAAGAGGAAGUUCACCAUUGAUGAUGAGACAUCCCCCGAGAGAAAUAACAAAUCAAGGCCUGGACUGAGAAGAGGGAGCUCCUUCACCUUCCUCACCCCUGGACCUCAAUGGGACUUUAGUCUGAAGCGGAAGUGCGGAGAGAAGGAUGAGUCUGAUGCAGUCAGCCUGUGCAGCUUUGACUUCAAGGUAAAACACACAAUGAAUCGGCCCAUAACACUGAUCUGA